UGCUAACAAAUGGCUACUCGAUUUUCAGAGAUUAUUCACUUGCCGGGUGGCGACACGUGCUCUCCUAAAGGCCUUGCAAUACAACAAGAUUGCAGCGUGUUGGUGACCGACCCUGGAAGCCACUGCAUUUGGAAGAUUGACGCAGAUUUGGAAUCUGAAAAUUCCUCUCCCGUUUCAGUGUUUGCGGGUCGUCCAGGAAUGUGUGGACACGCCGAUGGACAGGCAAAAGAAGCCCUGUUUGACUUUCCUGAGGGAAUAGCAAUCAGUUCAGAUGGAAUUGCGUAUGUGGGUGAUACGUCAAGACGUAUCGGUGAUGAUGGUCACGUAAUGAAGCUGAGAGCGGGGCAAGCUUCGGUCCUCGGCAGGUAUUUCUUUUUGCGAUGGCGGCUUGUACGACAUUUCAAGGACGUUCGACUGUGUGUUAGAUAAUGCGGUGAUAGUAUACUAAUUGCGAAAGAUUUAAAGCAAAUUUUAUCGGUGAAUUCGUGAGUUUGACGUGAUGUCUUAGUCUGAUGGUCGAGUGCAAUAAAGCUAACUUAAAGAUAA